UUUGCCGUACUAAACUUUCCUACACCGUCAUGUCGAUAGUAAAUAUCUACUUUCAUGACGAGAACAUCUACAACGUCGAAAAGAAACCACCGGAAAAGCCCCCAAAGCCGCCCCUCUACCACUCCCGUUUCGAGCGCCAGGUCCGCCAGGAGACCAAGUCCUGCAAGGAUGCUCACCGCACCAUGGGCUUCUCGAAAAUUCCCCUCCAAACGCCGAGCGAAUUUUUGAAGAAAAACUGUGGACCACGGUAUCGGGCCACAAAAUCGGCCCCGGUGCGGCUCUGCACCGGCCACAAACCGCCCGUCCCGAAGCCAAACGAAACGGCCAGCGGGGAACCGGUCGGGCAGGUGAUGAAGAUAGUCGACUUCAAGAAGGAGAACAUAAAAAAGGUCGUUACGGCCAGCCCGAAAAAGGUACGCCCACGGUAUGCCGAUACACGCAAGGGGGACUUUCACGAUCUGGAAAAGUCGGGCCUGAUGCCGAUCUACGUGUGCAAGCCGAAGUUUGGCAAGGUGCCGCAGUAUCUGACCCGACGCAAGAAGGACUUGACCGCGCAGAAGGAACGGCUGAUCGAGCAGCAAGCCCAGCAGAAGCCACGCUGUUCGUACAUCUCGCAAGAGGAGCGCGUCGAAUUGCUGAGGGGUUUGAAACAAAAUUGGGAGAAAUUACAGCAGGAAUACCAAAGCCUUCCACUACUGACCGACACUGUUCCAAAGAUGAUCCGCAAGGCAAAGCUGGAGAGCACUCUUAAGCGGCUGGAAAAAGACAUUCUGACGAUCGAGAACAACCCGUACAUCUACAUCUAUGACGACGAUCACAAAGAAACAGCAUAACAUCCCUAAAACACAGCGUGAACUACACUAGUAUUAACGGCAUCGUGUGGAAAAUACUC